CACAAAUUAGGAAUGGUAAAAGUUUUAUUAAAAAAAUUAUUCGACACAAUUAGGAAUAGUGAAGCUUUUAAUAGAGAGAACUAAUUUUCCAAGAAAACAAACUUCAUAUCAAUCUCUCAUCCUACUACUAACGAUGAAAUUCAAUGUUUCUUUAAUCCUCUUCUUGUCUACCCUUUUCAUCUUCAUUGCAUCAUCACUUCCUUCCGCCGCCAGAAAAAAACCCCACAUCAUCAAUUUCCGAUCAUAUAAUCUCUUCCCGGAGUCAUUCACCUGGGAUCCUAAAUCCCAACACUUCAUCCUCGGAAGUACUCGUCGCCAGAAACUCAUCGCCGUUUCCGAUGCAGGCGUCGUCGAAACUCUAAUCUCCGACACCUCUCUUCCUCCAAACUCCUCCUUCGCCGGCCUCACCGUCGACCGCUAUAAAAACCGCCUCCUCGCCUGCAUCCACCGUGUCCCUUCACCGGAAUCUCCCACACCUUUCAACGCCCUAGCUGCUUACGACCUCCAAUCUAACCGCCGCCUUUACCUCGCCCCUCUCCUCGAUGAUAAAAACAUCGAAAUGGUCACUGAAGACGACGUUCAGCUCCCCGUCGCUAACGAUGUCGCUAACGAUGUCGCCGUCGAUUACCACGGCAAUGCUUACGUCACCAAUUCCGGCGGCAACUUCAUCUGGAAAGUUGACGUAAACGGCGGCGUUUCGAUCAUAUCUAAAUCAAAAGCGUACAAAUCCCAUCCCGUCGAUACGACGACGGAUUAUCACAAAUGUGGCUUAAACGGCAUCGCUUACAGCUCUAGAGGCUACUUACUCGUCGUCCAAUCAAAUACAGGGAAACUGUUCAGAGUCAAUGUUGACGACGGAACGGCGAGGACCGUUACAUUAAACAGAGACUUAACGGCAGCUGACGGAAUCGCCGUUAGAGAAGACGGCGUUGUUUUGGUUGUGAGUCAAGAGAAACUAUUUUUUUUAAAUAGCAAUGAUGGGUGGGGAGAAGGAGUAGUGUUUGACGAAACUGCCCUUGAGAGGGAGAGGUUUGCAACAGCUGUGACAGUAGGACAUCAGAAGAGGGUAUAUGUGUUAUAUGGGCAUGUAAUGGAGGGCAUAAAUGGAAAUGCAGAAAGAGAAGAAUUUGGUAUAGCUGAAGUAGUAUCUGAGAAAGAGACUGAAGAAGAACCUGUUUGGUUAUAUAUAUUAAUUGGAUUAGGAUUAACUAUAUUCUUUUUUUGGAGAUUUCAAAUGCAUAGGUUAGUGGAAAGCUUGAACAAAAAAACAGUUUGAUUCUAUUUUUUUUUUUUGGUUUUCAUAGUUGUUUAAGUCUUCCACUAUAAUAUAAAGAUCUUAUGGUUGUUUUCUUGUUAUA